UCCAGUUAACAUUAAGUGCAAAAUAAAAAGGUGUGUCCUGCUUGUCAUUAGUAGUAUUACAAUACUACGAUUCGGAAUGACUUGGUCACAUGACAUGGAAAAUAUUGAGAAAGAAUUUGACUUCAAAAGAAAAAAAUGCUGAAUUUCAUUACAAUAUUUAAAUAAAUGAAAAACUUAAAUCCUAUUAAAAGAAGUUUGUCCUACUCGUGCAGCAUAGUAUAACAAUGCUGCAUAAACGUGUGUUGACUUGGUCAUAGGACAUGGAAGCUACUGAAAAAAAUACAAUAAUUUUCUUUAGGAAAAAAGUUGAAUUUUCAAUAAAUAUGAAAUGGAAAUAAAGGUUUGUCCUGCUGAUCAGGAAUAGAAUUUCCAUGCUGCUUUGUUUAUGAGCGACUCAUUCAAACUCCAUUGAAAACAUUAGAUUUUCCUAUAGAAAAAUGCUAAAUUCAAACUUAAUUAAAUAAAUGUAUAAAGAUUGAAAAACUCAAAAAUCUAAUUAAAGGGGUGAGUUUUCUCCUCAGAGUAGUUUACAAUUCCGCUUUAAUUCUGGGUCACUUGGUCACAUAACUUUGAGAAAAACAAGAAUUUUCAAUAGAAGAAAUGUUGAAUUUUCAAUAAAAUCUUCACAUAAAAUGGAAAAAUUAAAAGAGGAGUUUGGUUCUCUCAGAUUUUUACAAUGCAGCAUUGUUUUGGAGUCACUUAGUCACAUUACACAGCUAUUGAGAAAAACAGAGUCUAUUCAACAGAAAAAUGCUACAUUUUCGAUAAAAUAUAAAAAUAACUAAAUCCAAUUAAAAGAGGGUUUCCUACUCAUCAGGACGCCAACAGAUGGACGUGAUUGCUUGCAGAAAAUUAAGAUCUCAAGUAAAUGAAAGCUUCUCUUGGCAUAAUAUAAAAAUCACAUCACCAUUAAAGUCAUAUCGUUUAUUUUUAAGUGUUUUCUGUGUCAGUUUUGAAAGGACACAGCAUAUGUUUACAAACGCAUUAACUACAGAAAAAAUGUGAAGCCAAGUGUGUGUAUUUUAUGUCAUAAAGCCUCUAUUUAAGUGUGAGUCAUUUUAUUACCAAAGCCACUUACCAGGAACUUCUUCUGUGAACUUUGAAACUAAUACAUUAGGUAAUCAUGUGGCCUGGCUGUUCCAAUCCUAAUGCUUUUCCUCAGAACAACAGGAAGUAAACGCCGAGCUGGAAUCACUUGUGAAGAGACAUUUCACACUGUAGCUUUGAUACACUGUGGAUUAUAAAAAAAACAGACAACCUUGACAUGGCAGCUUCUUGGGGUCUAGAGUCAAGCCUGUCUCAGGUGGUGGUGCUGUUACUGGGUGAGAGACAAAGUGGGAAGAGCUCAGCAGGAAACACCAUCCUGGGGAAACCAGCCUUUCGCAAAAAAACGACUCAUAGCUCCAAAGACACCGGCACCAUUUUUGGAUUACAAGUGACAGUAGUGGACACCCCAGGGUGGCUGACCAACUGCCCCACUCCAGACAGGGUAUCCCAGGAACUGUGCAGAGGAGUGUCCCUCUGCCAGCCAGAGCCCCAUGUCAUCCUGCUGGUGCUACCCACCACCUCCCCCUUUGGCCUGGAGGAGUGGAGGACCAUGGAGGCCGAGCUCAGACUGCUCCAAACAUUCAUCUGGCAGCGAGCUAUGGUCCUCUUCACCCAUGGAGACCAGUUAGGAGUCCUCCCUAUCCAGGAGCAUGUUAGGCGCCAAGGUCAAACUCUUCAUUGGCUGCUGGAGCGAUGUGGGAACAGGUACCAGGUAAUGACCAACCAGUCUGGGGCCUCAGAGGCUCAGCUGGCAGAGCUGUUUCAGAAAAUCCAGAAGAUGAUAGAGAUAAACAAGCGACCCAGAGGAGUCCGGGACCGGAUGUACACCCAGCUCAGACGAGAAGUGAGCUUAAGGGAGGCGAGUAGGUCGCAAGGAAGACAAGAACAGGUGGAAAUGAGAAACAUGCAUGAUGUGCAUGAUGGGAGGCCAUGGCCAAGAAAGCAGCUGGCCUCCAAAGAACUACAGCUGAGACUAGAAGUGAGCUUAAGGGAGGCGAGGAAGUCGCAAAGAAGACAAGAUGAGGUGGAAAUGAGAGACAUGCAUGGUGGGAGGCCAUGGCCAAGAAAGCAGCUGGCCUCAAGACAACUACAUUUACCCAGAGGAUUCCCAGCUGGGUCAGUUGGUGUCAAACCUGCCCUUACCCUCAUCCUGCUGGGAAGGAGGAAGUCAGGAAAGAGCUCAGCAGGAAACGUGAUUCUGGACAGUGAGGAGUUUCAGACCGACACCAAAACAACCAGGUGCUCUGUACGCCAUGGGGAAGUAUCGGGGCGGCCUGUGAUCAUUGUGGACACGCCCGGGUGGAGUCUGUAUGGUCUGGCCAAUUCCAAGCAGGUCAGGAUGGAGAUCAGUCGAAGCCCUUCCCUCUACCCUGUUAGGAGCAAAGUGAUGUUCAUGCUGGCUGUACCAGUGGGCCCCUUCAGAGAGAAAGACAGGAGAGCGGUAGAGACGCACCUCAGCAUUUUGGGGGAGGAUGUAUGGAGAAGCACUGUGGUGUUGUUCACUUACGGAGAGGAGCUGAGGAGUAAGACAGUACAGAAUCACAUCGAGCAGAGUGGAGAGCCUCUGCAGUGGUUGAUGGACAGAUGUGGACAAAGGCACCAAGUGUUACACACAUAUACAGGAGACAGGACUCAAGUACAGCAGCUGCUGCAGAUGGUGGAGCAAGUAAGGUAAUGCUGUAGUGAUGCAGGAACAAGUACUAAAACUGAAAACUAAGAAAAGCAUUUUACAUCUUCCAGUUCCCUUUUCUUGAAGUAAGACCCUUUUUGAACAUGUUUUUUGUUAGAUGCCUGAAAUAAGGUCUGAGGUUAACACAAGCUGAAGAUAUUUUAAUAUUUUCAGCCAAAAUCCAACGGGAAUUCAUAUUGAUACAUUGUCAUUAUUUUAGAGAAAGUUUAUUUAAGUGAAUUACAGAAUCCUUUGUUUCUCCAUCACAUUGGUGAAAAGGUGAUCCCAUAACUUUCCCUAGCGUAUUUCAGUAUUCACGGGCAAAGUGCCCACAAGUUGUAUUAUCAUUUAAUUGAAUGUGUGAUUUUGAAGGGUUUUAACCCGUAGAAAUACAUACAGGUCUAAUAGUCGAGUCACAGAAUACAUUCUAGAUUCACAUAAUCCUGUUUUUUUAAAUUUAUAUGUAAUUAAUAAUUAUAUUUGUUCAUAUUUCAUGUAUAUAUUGUACAUCAUUUGUGUAUAUCUGAAUAAAGUGAUUCGUCCGAACUCAA